GGAUACAACAGACGAAGUCCUUUUAACUUUCUGAAUAGUAUAACAACACAUAAUUUUAGAUUAAGUAUCAAAAUAAUUAUAUUUUACUAUGAAGCAUGACCAUAACUCAUAAAAAAUACCUACUCGUACUUGACAAGUAGGCUUGAGAAAACUAACAUUUACUAGCAAGAGUACGACAUGAAAAUCUUCAAUAAAUUAAUAGCAAUAACUUUAAUAUUUUGUUUUCAACAGUUUGGUCUGUGUUUGAACGAAGACGCGGAAAAUAUGGAGGCGAUUUCCAGAUCAUUUGAAGAAAGAGUGAGGGUCAAACUUAACGAAGAGAAGAAAAGCGCUGGUACCUAUGGUUAUAAUCAUUUUAAAAUACCAAAUAAUUUUAAAGACUUUGGCCGUCGAUUUGUUCUACAAUAUCCGUAUACAGAAAAAAAAAGCCCAGUUAUAAAUAUUACGGACGAAGACAAUUUAGACAAGACUGUAAAGGAAUUCCUAUUGGAGAACGACUUAUACGAACAAUCGAUCACUCCAGUACAGGCACCGCCUGAAAUAGUAUUAGAAGUGGCUAGGCAAUCAGCGUUACUCCAAGCUGCGACUCCAAUAAAUCCUUCUGAUGAUGUCAUCCACAGAAAUAUACUUCGAACUGGUGAUUAUUGGAACGAUGUUGUCGAAGAGCCUGUGAAUACAGAUUUAUUUUUACGAUCUAAACCUGCAACAAAGAUUAAUUCAUUACAUCUACGAUUUCAACCAGGAUCUAAUUUGUACGACCUUGUUACCGAGUUAAAAAAGAUCUCACCACGAUUGUUGUAUGUAAUAAAUGAUGAUUCUGAAUAAAAAGUACCUUUACAAAGAGAAAUAUGUACAUACAAUUUUAAUAAAAGUGUGUAUUAUUUGAAUGUUUUCAUAAAAAUUCAAGACAUAAUUUUCAGAUUACUAUUAUAACGAUAGGUUUUUCGUUUAAAUUGAAUAAUUAUUUUGAUAAUAUAUAUUACCUAUACACAGACAACAAUAAAUUUUUUAGCAUUGG